AUGUCCGCAAUGUUCAGCAGCCAACUGGGUGAAGGUGGAAGUCCUCAAGGAGGAAGGAUGCUUCAAUAGGUCGUCGGGGUGUGUUUUUUAAGUCAACAUAUUCGUUUAUUCAGGUGACAGCUGCACUGUAAAAGCUGCUGGACAUCGCCAUCCCCCACUCAGCUCUCCCGCUGUGGUCCGACUCAGUCUAUAUUGUCGCCCCCCUCCUUAAUCUCCCACAUUGCGCCAUAGAUGCUGCAGUGUUGAGCCGCUCCUGCACCGGCACCGCUGACUCAAUGAAAAAGACAUGCUCGCAUUCGUUCUGGUCUCUGGGUCGCUCUGGAUUAUAUUAGAGCUGAGUUCCACUCUAAUGGAGAAGAUGCAGGCCUAGGAGAUGAUGAGUGGCCUGAGGAUACCAGAGAUGGAUGAUAUUAGCCAGUUUUUCUGCUCUCUGCCGACCUCCACGCUGGUGGGCAUCGGCGCUCUCACCGCCAUGCUGGCGUACUGGCUGGCCACCAGACCCCAACCCAUUGAGCCGCCCUGCAGCCUGCUGCAUCAGUCUGAGGAGGUGCCGCAUGAAGGUGGAGCUCGCAGGUCUAUGAUGGGCGACAGGUCUAAGCUGCUAACCCAUUACCAUGAUGACGCCAGGACCAUGUACGAGGUUUUCCAGAGAGGCCUUCAUAUAUCUGAUGAUGGACCUUGCUUAGGCUCGCGGCUCCCUAACCAGCCUUACACAUGGAUGUCCUAUAAAGAGGUGAUGGCCCGGGCUGAGUGUCUGGGUUCGGGCCUGCUGCACCAGGGCUGCAAACCCAACCCCAACCAAUUCAUAGGAGUGUUUGCCCAGAACAGGCCAGAGUGGAUCAUCUCAGAGCUAGCUUGCUACACCUACUCCAUGGUGGUGGUUCCCCUUUAUGACACUCUGGGCCUAGACGCCAUACGGUUCAUCAUUAACACUGCUGAAAUCACCACAGUCAUCUGUGACAAAGUAGAAAAAGCUCAAGUGCUCCUGGAUAACAUGGAGCGGAAGGAGACUCCCAGCCUGCGAAGAAUCAUCCUCAUGGAUGCCUUUGACUCCGAUCUCAUGAAACGUGGUGAGGGCUGCAGCAUCCAUGUGCAGGCCAUGCAGGAAGUGGAGACUCUGGGCAGAGAGCACUACAAAAAACCUAUACCACCAGCACCAGACGACCUGUCCAUUGUGUGUUUCACCAGUGGAACCACAGGAAAUCCAAAAGGAGUCAUGCUCACCCAUGGGAAUGUGGUAGCAGACUUCGCAGGCUUCCUCAAAGUAACAGAUAAAGUCAUUUGCCCCAACAAAGACGACUGCCUCAUUUCCUUCCUGCCGCUGGCUCACAUGUUUGAGAGGCUGAUCGAGUCUGUUGUCUACUGCCAUGGAGGACGGAUUGGGUUCUAUCAGGGCGACAUCCGCCUCCUCCCAGAUGACAUGAAGGCCCUGCGGCCGACCAUUUUCCCUGUGGUGCCUCGGCUGCUCAACCGUAUGUACGACAAGAUCCUGAGCCAGGCUAACACUCCACUGAAACGCUGGCUGCUCAACUUUGCUGCCAAGAAAAAAGGUGCUGAAGUGAGCAGUGGGAUCAUUCGCAGUGACAGCAUCUGGGACAAACUCUUCUUCAGUAAGAUUCAGAACAGCCUGGGAGGAAGGUUGAGGAUGGUAAUAACAGGAGCAGCUCCUACCUCACCCACUGUCCUGGGGUUCCUCAGAGCAGCUCUGGGGUGCCAGGUGUAUGAGGCAUAUGGCCAGACAGAGUGCACAGCUGGCUGCACCUACACUACGCCUGGAGACUGGACACCGGGUCACGUUGGUGCCCCGUUGCCAUGUAACCUUAUUAAACUGGUGGAUGUUCCUGAGAAGAACUACUUUGCCUCUAAGGGAGAGGGAGAGAUUUAUGUGAAGGGACCAAACGUUUUUAAGGGCUACCUCAAAGACCCAGAGAGAACGGCUGAGACACUGGACGCAGACGGUUGGCUCCGCACCGGAGACAUCGGCAAAUGGUUACCUAAUGGCACACUGAAGAUCAUCGACAGGAAGAAGCAUAUCUUCAAGCUGGCACAGGGCGAGUACAUCUCCCCAGAGAAGAUUGAAAACAUCUACAUCAGGAGUGAACCUGUGGCACAGCUCUAUGUUCAUGGAGACAGUCUGCAGUCCUGUUUGGUGGGAAUUGUGGUUCCUGACCCUGAGAUCAUGCCUGAAUGGGCCAAGAAGAAAGGAAUAUUAGGCACCUACAAGGACCUCUGUAAAAACACGGAACUAAAGAAAGCAAUCCUUGAAGAUUUGGUGCGUCUAGGCAAAGCUAGUGGCCUACACUCUUUUGAGCAGGUGAAGAACAUCUACGUUCAGAGUGAGAUGUUCUCCAUUCAAAACGGCCUCUUGACUCCAACACUAAAGGCCAAGAGACCAGAGCUGAAGGAAUUCUUCAAGGACAAGAUUGACCAGCUCUACAGCAACAUCUCCAUGUGAAGGCCGGUGGACCUCAUUUUCGUUCUCAUCAACACAGAGAUUUGCUUUGACCGUUGAUCUGCACUGGGACAAAUCAGUGACACCUUACUCCUAACAUGCCUUGGUAAAGCAAGCCAACCCAGGCCCUACUGUGGGCAAUUUAAAAUACCUAAACAAAACACAAUCAAACAGAAAUGAAGAGAAAUACAAUACAAUACACAUUACUAUGCGUAUUCCCAUUUAUAUACGCAUUUACUGUAUUAUAAUUACAUGAAAACAUAUGUUAAAAGGACAAUUAUUUAGUUUUCAACUGAUUUUUUUCCACUAUAACAUGAAUUUUCCAUGGUGCAUUACAAAUACAUCACAAAACAAAAAUCAAUGUAUUGCAUUUCGGUGUUGUCCAGCAGAGGGCAGCACAGUUCUGCCAGUACUAAAUAUAAACCUAUCAUUAGCUUUUAUGAGCAGGUGCAAAAACAAUGGACAGCUGUUGUUUUCUCAUGUCUGGAUUUGAAUGUACCAUUGGAAAUUCACAGCACAAUAAAAAACAAUUUAUUUAGUUAUUAAAGACCAAACAAUCCCGUAUAGUAUUCACCCUUUAACAUGCUUUUCAUUUAAUUUUGACACAGUAAAUGCAUGCAUGCAAAGGAAUUAUAUACUAUGUAUUGUAGUUUAUCUUUAUUUCUUACUUCAAUUAGUUGUAAUUUAGGCAUUUGAAAUCUUCUACAUACUGCUAACUGCUAUCCACCCUAACCGACCAUCAAAUGCUCUGUCCCCAGCAGCAGAAACUCAUCAGCACUUUUACGUUGAGCCGUCCUUUCACACUUCCUGUCUCUCUGCUUCUGUUCUCUCCCAUACAAGUUUAAACCUAGCAGCCGAACACAGCCUAAAUCCAGUGUAUGAGAAGAUGUCAUUUGUGGGACACUAAUUGAAGCUAUCUGCAAUGGAAAAUAGCAGAUUUUUAUUUCGGUCAGCAGCACCUUAAGCAGGGCCUGGUACAUCUCCCCUGAUCUGAUGCAACAAAGACUAAAAUCACGUUCAACACAGGCAUCAUGCAAUUAGACCAAAACCAAAUCCUGCUGUUUGAGAGCAGAACUAUGAUGGAAAGAGUAGCAGCUCCUGCCUUACAAAUUGUUCCAUGCACUGCAUCUUGGUGUUUGAACCACAUCCAAAUUGCUGUUCAUAUCAUGUAUUUACUUCACUCAUUUAUUCAUUAAGUCAUCUCUACAGGACAUUGCUGCAUGCAUGCUCCUUGUUUAUAAGAAGCACCGGCCCACUCUAAUGAUCAUCAGAUUUCCUUCUCUACAGUUGACACAAUCACAACCUUCAUUUCAUCCAUCUUUGCACAAAGUGUAUGUCAGGUAAUAGAAAAAAAAA